CCGGGUUGUGUUGUGUACCUCCGGCAGCGCGGUCGUCGGCGUCGCGUCGCGUCGGUGGUGGUGGACCGGUGCGAAGGCGCUCCCAAGCCACUCGCCAAUCAAUACGUGGGAACUCUCGACCCGACUCGACCCGACUCGCCGGCGAGCACCGCGCCUGCCACCAGCGGGCUGGAGCGGGAGCGCGAAGCCAACAUCAUCAUCACACACACCGUCUCUACCGCCACACAGCACACCCCUGAAAACGAAAGAGCCGAAAAACUAUUUUUACUCUACUCGCACAUACCAUCAAGCCCGAAAAACGAGCCACAACCAUUCGGAUUAUACCAGUAGAAGAAGAUACCCGAACAACCGGAGAAACACACGUACCUAUAAUACCUAUCCGUCGUAAUGCUGGAGUGUGCGUCGGGUGUGUUGCACCGAAGUGUUAUAACCGUCGUCGGUCGCGGCGACCAGUACUUUUGUUGAAAAAUAAAUUUUAACUAACCAAGUAAGGGAAGAAAGAAAGAGAAAAACAAACAAGCAAACAAAUAAUCAAAGAAAUUUAAAAAAAAAAAGGGCAAGCAAAAGAUCAAAACGAGGGGAACAAGCUUUCGCGAAGUACACCCGCAACCACAGCAGCAGCAGCAGCAGCAGCAACAACUGCAGCAGCGGUUCGAAACUGGGAUAUAUCGAAUACACCUGUAUACACGUUUUUUUCCUCCCUCCCCGUCCCCGCCCCCCUCCAGCCCCUCUUUCUUUCCGAACCCUCGAUAAAGCCCACAUUAUUGUGCGAUCGCGAGUGCGGGUGACUGAGUGGCAACGCGUUGUCUUAUACCGGUCAUAGAUCAGCGGUGCUGUUCGGUAGGAGGAAAACGCGGAGAAGCUGGUGCGGCACGGAGGAGGAACGGGCGGCUUCGACGACGACGGCGACGAGGAGCAAUAGUUAUCUGGAGAGAAGCGCGGAGGCGGAGGAGGAGGAGGACGAGGGCAAAGAGGACCCCGGGCGAGGUGCGCCGUACCCGAGGACGUCAUCAAUGGAUCGCGAGGAGACGACGCGAGGCCUCGGCAGCACGCGGACGAUCCCGGAGCUGAGCUAGGGCCAUCUCCUUCCCUCCCUCCCUUCCCCUCUCUCCCACCCUCCCAAUCCGCCCGUCAUCCCUUCCUCCCGCCCUCCCGCCCCCCAGCGCCGCUUAAAAGCCCUCCUAGCGUCAUCCCGCCAAACCGAAACCUCCCCAUCGGGGAAUACGGGAGGAAUGCUGCUGCUCCGUACGACGUGGAGGAGUUACAGGCCCUGUAGAGGGUGAAAGUAACGGUGAAAAUACUUACUGGGGGGGGUUAAUCGACGGAAGAACAUCGAGAGGAAAUUACACGCCAAGAGUGAAAAAGAAAGGAUAAACUGAAGAAGAAGAAGAACAAGAGGAAGAAGAAGAGGAGGAAGAAGAAGUUCCAUUCGGGGUGACUCGUGUGUGCGCGAUUGUUCAGCGGGGGGUGCAGUGAGAGUUCGUGCGGUGUGCACACUUGGAUUAUAUUUCGUGGUGCUGGUAUACAUAUAAUAUCUUAUUUUCGUGAUUAAAUCCCUAGUAUAAUCAUAGUAUAUAUAAUAUCUAUAUUCGUCGAGAGUUGUGCGUUCACGUGUUGAAUAAAGAAAAAAAUUUUCUUCACCUAACAGUGGAAAGCUUCGGUGGUCAGGUGCCGAAAGUGUGUUGAAUAGGAGUGACGUGUGGUACGGUGUAAUACGUAGCGGGACUUUAGUCGGGUAUAACGCUGACGGGGUGCGGGAAGCAUGCGGGGUUCGGGCGAGGCCCGGCGAGGUGGCCCCGGAGGACCAGGCUAAGGAUCGCUACGAGUCACCCGCACCCGCCGCACCCGCACCCGCACGGACACCUCAUCGCCAACGAGGAACGUUGCUCGACACCGAGCAACUGGUUACGCGGAAGGCGAGCUGGACUCGCUUUCAAUCGCAUGGAACAUGAUAGAGAUGUCGAGCGGAAUCGGUGCAACUGCGAUGGGAAUCGGUGUUAGUCAUGGAACGGAAGGGGGUGGCUGUCGCUUAAGAGCGCAGACCCAAUCCCAGGGCCAGUCGCAGAGUUCAGGAACAAUGGUUCAGCACAGCAAUCCGCAACAGUCGACCCAGCAACAGCAGCAGCAACAGCAACAGCUUCAGCAGCAGCAACAACAGCAACAACAGCAGCAGCAGCAACAACAACAACAACAGCAACAGCAGCAGCAGCAGCGCGCUGGUACGCGUGACGCAUUUGUUGGACGAUCUAAAAAGGACAACUGUUGCCUGUGCUGGUGCUGCUGUUGCAGUUGCUCGUGGAACAAAUGUUUGGCUGCAGUCGGCGGUGGAGGCCCAGGGGGUGGUGCCGGUAACUCCGGGGACCAGGGAAAGAAGAAAGGCGGAGGCGGAGGGGAUCUGGGACCCGGGGGUGGCACCGGGGGUGACCUCACGGGCGAUGGCCUCGACGGCCUCGACGGAAACGGUGACGUCGCUUGCAGCAGCCUCGAGGAGAUCAGAGAGUGGGGCUCCUCGUUCGACAGGCUGAUGCACAGCGCCGCGGGGCGCAAGCUCUUCCGCGAGUUCCUCGUCAGCGAGUAUAGUGAAGAGAACAUUGCCUUUUGGCUUGCCUGCGAACAGCUCAAGCUCGAACGAAACCCGGAGCGCAUCGAGGAAAAGGCUCGAUACAUCUACGAGGACUACAUAUCCAUUCUUUCGCCGAAGGAAGUGAGCCUGGAUUCGCGAGUGCGAGAAAUCGUGAAUAGGAACAUGGUGGCACCAACGCCAAACACAUUCGACGAGGCGCAGCUCCAGAUCUACACACUGAUGCACCGAGAUUCGUACCCCCGUUUCGUCAACAGCGACAUCUACAGAAGGGUGGCACGCUUGGGAAGUGGACCGCCGAGUCCAUCGAGCGGUGAGCAAGGAUUGCCAAGGAGUAAAUCAAGGUCGACGAAAGAGAAGGACAAAGACAAGGACAAGGAUCGGUCCCUGACGAUGGCGACGUAAUGCAGACCAUCCCCUCUAAACGCUGCAGAAGACUCGAUCUCCGCAGAACGAUUCCGAUAAUAUAAUAUCUAACGGAGUGGGAUGACGGCCGUAGAACGGUAUCUGCAGGAUAAUAGCGGCAUGACCUGGCCUCACGCCGCCGUCAGAUAUUCCCUGUUGAUUCUUGGCCAACCCUCCAGGACGCCCGCUUAAUAUUGCAGUCCCGUUACCCAGGGUCGAGGGUUGGAUGCACCAUUCCAGGGACGGGACCAUACGGAAGGACUUGAAAGCCCGCUUGCCGAAGAAUAUGAGUUUCGAAAACUUGACGAGGAUGCCGCCGCGACGUAAAGGGACGUUAAUAAAAUAGGCGGGGGGUGGGGGUGGGGGUGGGCGCAGGCGGGCUGCUGCUAUAACUGCUACUGCUGCUGCUACCGUAAAUUAUAUGCAUAGAUAUAUACAUAUACUUGACUGCAUCAACGGGUAUACAUAGUAGGUAUAUAUAUAUUAUUGGAUAUAAUAACCAUCGAAGAAAUGCGCAACAAUCAAUAAUAAUCAAUCAAUGA